UUUGCAGCGCAAAAAAUCCAGCUUAUCCAAAUCAUAUACCCUUGACGAGCUACUUAAUACUGAUCAUCAUCACCGCCAUCAUCGUCCCUCAUCAGCACCACCAGAAAAAAACAAUGAUACACGCGCAGCUGCAGUUAACGUAUUCAACCGAUACUCGACCGUCCAUGGCAAUGAUGAUUCCCGGGUCCUUGUACCACGUGAAAGCCGAAGCCUUUCGCGACGAUCAGCACUAUCAUCUCGGAGCAGUAGUGGAGGACGCCGCAGACGAUCGAUAACGGGUCUUGAAAGUAACAAGAAACAACAACAUCGACGAAGUAGUGAUGGGGCUCUAGUCAUGGAAAAAGACCAGGAAGAAGAAGAGGAAGACUGGGUGAUACCACCAGGUGGGAUUGCAUUACAUGAUCGGCCCGUCAGUAUGAGUGAAUGGGUUGACCUGGGCGACGCAAGUCUUGACAACCUGCUGUUUUCACGGCGCGUGCAUAAUAAUCAACAAGCUUGUUGGGCAAGCACGACGCCUCCAUCCCCGCCACCUCCUCCUCCACAUACGGUACAAGCGACCUAUUACCCUCUUUCUCGACCUUCUCCUACUACUACUACUACUACUGCUAGUACUACUGCUCCUCCUACUCCUCCUCAUGCUGCUGCUGUUCCAUCAACAACAACAACAACAACACCACUGCCGCCGCCACCAGAACCACGGAAAAGGAGGAAAAGCUUAAAGCAAUCUGUCAAAAGAAAAAAGUCAUGGAUCGCCAAUUUGUUUCAGCAUCAGCAGCAACAGCAGGAGCAACAACACUCAAGAGAGUUACUGUCACCUCCACCACCAGUACCGGACUAUAAAAAAAAUAACAAUAAAAAGAAGGAGGAAAAAAAGGGAUUUGGAUCAUUGAUUACACGAUCAUUAUCUCUAUCGAGUAAAAAGAAGAGCAGCAAACGCCUAUCCCAACAGCAGCAGCAGCAGCAGCAACAAUCAGUAGCCUCAUCGCCCGAACAAGCAAAUCUACAACUUUUCCCAGCAGGGCAUCAUCAGCGACUGCCGAUCCAUACUGAACGAGCCGUUUAUCGUUUAUCGCAUAUAAAACUGGCGAAUCCACGUCGACCUUUACAUCAGCAGGUCCUGAUAUCCAAUUUCAUGUAUCAUUAUCUUUCUUUGCAACCUGGGUUCCAAUACUAUUAUCGACAACAACAACAGCAGCAGCAGCAGCAACAACCACUGCCACCACCUCCUCCUCCCCAUCGACAACAGCAACAUCAAAAUGCUGUAUAUCUUUGAAAAUCCCAUAAUGUCACUGUUUCGCAAAGCUACGCAACAAAAAAAGGUUGUUAUCGGGACUUUAAAUCUCGUGAUCAAUGUGUAUAUAUAAUUGUGGGUUGUGCUUUGUGCUUUCUGGAGGGUGUACGACA